CACUUAUUUCCAUCAUAAUUUUUCGAGUGAGAAAGCACAAAAAAUUCUAGAGAGAGAGAAAACAAAAAUGGGAGGUUGCAGGAGAGUAGGCGUGGCAGUUGAUUUCUCACCAUGCAGCAAAAAAGCUCUGCAAUGGGCUGUGGACAACCUGGUCCGAAAAGGGGAUCACCUGAUUCUCGUCAGCGUGCGCCCGGAAGGCUAUUAUGAGACUGGCGAGAUGCAGCUAUGGGAGACCACCGGUUCUCCUUUGAUUCCUCUGAGCGAUUUCUCAAACCGUGAUAACAUGAAGAAAUAUCAAGUCAGCCCUGAUCCUGAAACACUGGAUAUAGUCUCAACUGCAUCGAAUCAGAAAGAGAUCGUUGUGCUCAUGAAAAUCUUCUGGGGAGAUGCUCGAGAGAAGUUAUGUGAAUCAAUCGACAGCAUUCCCCUGGACUGCCUAGUUAUUGGGAAUAGAGGUCUUGGCAAAAUCAAAAGGGCUCUCAUGGGCAGUGUUAGCAACUUUGUGGUGAACAACGCUUCUUGCCCGGUUACUGUAGUGAAGAGCCACGACUAGACGUGAAGUUGUUCGCGGGUGGAGCUUUAUUCGUCUUGUUUCUGAAACUCCUUGAAUUUUCUGGGCUCUAGAAUUGAUAUGUAGUAAAUAACUGAGGUUGUGUGUAUUUCAAACUUGAAGUUUUGUUGCAUUGCUCGUACGAGGAUGCUGCUUGUUUGCUUGCCUUAGCUCUAGCAGUCAGAGUUCCCUGUAACUUUGAGCAGAUCAAAUAAAACUUAUGGCCAUCGCAUGAUGUUCCUAUUAUGAGAUUAUUAGUUCAA